AUGUUACCUGCUAUCGAGACCUUCACCAUGACAUCAACAAUUUCUCUAGUAGCGAUUGCUCUAGCGGCAUAUCUACUAUGGACGAUAUUCUACAACCUCUACAUCCACCCUCUAUCGAAAUACCCAGGCCCCAAAGUCGCCGCCUGCACCGACCUCCUAAACUUAUACUGGACAUCAACAGGACAAUAUUACUACAAGCUCAAAGAGCUCCACGACCAAUACGGAGACGUCGUUCGAGUCGGUCCUCACACCCUCGUCUACCGCUCCCCACAAGCAUGGAAAGACAUCUACUCCCACCGCAAACACAACACACACUCCUUUCUCAAAGAUCCUAAAUUCUACCUCCGCGGACCCCGGGGCCCCAGUAUCCUCAACGCCAACGAUGCAGACCACUCCCGAAUCCGAAGACUUCUAUCCCACGCCUUCUCGGAAAAAGCCCUCCGAGACCAGGAAUCCCUGAUCCAGUCGUAUGUCGAUAAUGCUGAUUACGCGACUCCGCAGUGA